AUGGUAUUCGGUAAGGUUCCUUUGAAGUGCAUAAAAGGACUGGUUAAAGCAAGUGAAGAAGCUAAAGCUAAAUACAUGCCUGAGCAUUGGUCGGUUUUGGGCCGAAAAUCGGUCGGGUCUCGGGUUCAUGCUCAGCCCUAUUCUACAUCCACAAGGAAUGUAACAAUAGAAGAAGAAGAAACUGACUUACUGGUUCCACAAGUUAUCUCUUUCCAUGUGGUAGUUAUAGUUAGUAUCAUUGAGCCUGGAAUAAUCAAGAAUGUUAUCGUUUCGAGUAAGAACAAUGGUGAGAAACAAUCAAGGAGGGGGACAUCGAAUUCAGAUGCAGCAUUGGAUCCUUAUUACAUUCAUCCCUCAGAAAAUCCCACAACUGUUUGUGUUACACCACAAUUGGAAGGAGAUAGCAAUUAUCAUGAUGAACUCAAUUUUAUUGCGUGGGAAAGAUGCAACAAUUUGGUUCAUUCAUGGCUCAUCAAUUCCAUGAAACCUCAAGUUGCAGAGAGUGUGGUUUAUAUUGAAAAUGCAGUAGAUGUUUGGAAUGAUCUUAAAGAAAGAUAUCUCCAAGGUGAUCGUGUUCGUGUUGCUACUUUGUAUCAAGAUAUCUCUAAUUUCAUGGAAGGUUCUUUGAAGGUCUCAGAAUUUUUCACUGAAAUGCGAGCUUUGUGGGAAGAACUUGAUCAAUUUAGACCAUUACCAAGAUUUACAUGUCCUCAUCAAUGUGUUUGUGCUGCUAUGUGCAAUGCAAGAAUGUACUUUCUAUUGUUUUCACAAGAGGAACGACAACAAAACUAUGGGGUGAAUGCUCAGUUUGAGAGCAAAAUUGAUGAUACUGAGGCUUCAGCUAAUGCUGUUGAGAGUCACAGUAGAGGCUAUGAGAGCCAAGGUAGAGCUUUUGGCAGAGGAAGAGGUUACGGCGAUCCUCGAGGUAAUAUAGGUUAUAGUCAUAUUCAAGGUGGUAGAGGAAGAGGCAAUCCCUACAAAGAUAAAGUUUGUACUUACGGUGGCAGAAAUGGUCACAUAAUUGAUAUUUGCCAUAAGAAACAUGGUUAUCCACCCAAUUGGGGCUUUGGACGAGGAAAUCAAGGCACUUCACAAAUGAGAGCUACAGAUGAAGGUAAUGUCUCUUUGACCAAGGAUCAAUACAAUAGCCUGAUAGCUUUACUAGAGCGAAAUCAAGUUGAUGGAACCAAGAACACUACUAAUAUGGUUAGAGGAGAAAGCAGUCACUGCUAUUCUGACGGUGUAGCAGACACAGGUGCUACAGAUCAUAUUUAUAAUUCCUUGAAUUUGUUCAUUUCUUAUCAUGAAAUUGUCUUACCAAUAUCGGUUGGUUUACCUAAUGGUAACAAAAUUCAAGCCCAUAUAGUUGGCAAAGUCAAGCUGUGUGAUGACUUAGUUAUAGACAAAGUGUUGUUCUUACCUGAUUUCAGUGUGAAUCUACUCUCAGUUUCCAGCUUAGUUAAACAAUGUGAUUGCACCAUCUCAAUUGGACAUGAUUUAUGCAUCAUACAGGAAAAGAGCAAUAUGAAGAAGAUUGGUUUGGCUAACCAAUUGGAAGACCAUAUGGCUAAUCAGAAGAAACUUCCUUUUCCCACUAGUACUUCCAAUGCAAAGUUCAUAUCAGUAGAGCACUAA